AGAGGCAAGGCGACGACGCCCCGAGAAAGCAGAGGAGAAAAGCGCCAUCGUCGUCUACCACCAGUCCACCACGUCGGUCCAUCCUCCCGUUGGAAGGGAAGGACCAUUUAAAGCCCCCGUUCCCACCUGCGAACCCACCCCCACUACUCCGUCCUCCGCGCCACUGAUCCAGGGGAGCUUUCCUUUCCUCUGCUUGCUCCCCCACCCCCGCCCCAAAUAAAUCCCGUGGCGUUUCUUGAUCUCCUUGCUACUCCGGCGACGCGAGGCGGCGGCUGGUUGCCGGCGGUUAUGUCUUGCUUGUUUCUGCUCCGAGAAUCGGUUCUUCCGGCGGUUUCUUGAUCCGUCGCCCGCCCGCCCACUGAGUUCGCGGAAAAGGUCGCCGUAGCUUUUCUUUCUUUUCCCCUCGCGGCAACGGUUGUCCCGUGCUCUGCCGCCCAAAACCCUCCCUCCUUCCCUGCCGAUCACGGUUCCGCGGCUGGCCGCUGUCUCGAUCCGUCCCAAUCGGCGGAGCUGGUGGGCGACGUCAGGGUCUCGUCUCCUUUCUGUUUGCUGGUGGCGAGCGCCAUUUAUUACUCCCCAGGUCAAUCCCGACUUGUUCUUCACCCCUGCCGUGCUUGCCCCGUGACCACCACGCCUUUCGGCCAAGGGCUCAGUCGGUUUCCUCUUGAUUCUUCCUGUUCCCCUCUAUCCAUCCAAUGCGGCAGUGAGGACCUUCAGAGCGGAGGGAGGGUGGAGCGCGCCAACUUGAUCCCGCCGGCGAGCUCGCCGUGUAUGGUUUGACGUGUGUUGUGGUACCCUGCUAGUGCGCCGCCGAGAUGGGCUGCGUCGCGUCCAAGAAGGCCGUCGUCUCGGUCACGCCGGCGGUCGACUCGUCCGGCGUGCUCCGGGACCGCGCGCCGGAGCCCGCUGCCGUCUCCGCCUCCUCCCUGCGCAGCUCGGCUGCUGCAGCGGCGGCGGCGAGGUUGGUGGAGAAGAAGGACGACUCGGAGGAGCCGGGGAAGGCUGUGGUCGCCGUGGCGGCCGCGUCGCGGAGCUUCCGGCUGCGGAACCUCCGGAGGAGCCUUGAGGGGGAGCAGGUGGCCGCCGGGUGGCCGUCCUGGCUCAGCUCCGUUGCCGGGGAGGCCAUCCAAGGCUGGAUCCCUCUCAAAGCCGACUCCUUUGAGAAGCUUGAGAAGGUUGGGCAAGGCACAUACAGCAGUGUAUUUAGGGCACGCGAUCUCGACACUGGAAAGAUUGUCGCACUGAAGAAGGUGCGAUUCGACAAUUUCGAGCCAGAGAGUGUUAGAUUCAUGGCAAGGGAGAUACAAAUACUGAGAAGGCUUGAUCAUCCAAAUGUCAUGAAGCUGGAAGGCUUGAUUACCUCUCGGUUAUCAUGCAGCCUUUAUCUAGUGUUUGAAUACAUGGAGCACGAUCUUGCUGGCCUUUGUUCCUCCCCUGACAUCAAGUUCACUGAAGCACAGGUUAAGUGCUACAUGAACCAGUUACUGUCAGGACUUGAGCAUUGUCAUUCACGCCGCAUUGUUCACCGUGACAUCAAGGGUGCCAAUCUCCUUGUGAAUAACGAAGGAGUUCUAAAAAUAGCUGAUUUUGGUCUUGCUAAUUACUUUGACCCAAGUAAAAACCAUCCUCUGACCAGCCGGGUUGUUACACUGUGGUACCGACCACCUGAACUAUUGCUAGGGUCAACUCACUAUGAUUCAGCUGUUGAUUUGUGGAGUGUUGGUUGCGUAUUUGCCGAGUUGUUUCGUGGAAGACCUAUCUUACAGGGAAGAACUGAGGUAGAACAAUUGCAUAAGAUCUUUAAGUUAUGUGGCUCCCCCGCUGAUGACUAUUGGAAGAAGUCAAGGUUGCCUCAUGCAACAAUAUUUAAACCUCACUGUCCUUAUCUAAGUACCCUUCGAGAUGUUUUUAAAGAGGUGCCGGAACAUGCAUUCAGUUUACUAGAAACUCUUCUGUCGGUGGAGCCAUACAAGCGUGGUACUGCAUCAUGCGCCCUUACAUCUGAGUUUUUCAAGACAAAACCUUAUGCAUGCGAACCUAUAAGCUUGCCUCAGUAUGCACCCAACAAGGAGAUGGAUGCGAAGUUACGAGAAGAGUUACACAGAAGAAAGGCCAGUGGCAGAGGGCAUGGGCCAGAAGCAUCAAAGAAGUCAUCAAGGCUAAACAGAGCAGCAAGAGAACAAAGUGCAGUCAACAGGCAAACCGAAAACAGAGAGGAGUCCAAAACCAAACCAAAGGUAACCAAGGAUGGUGCAGUGCAGGUUCAUACAAAGGUUAAUGGUGAUGCUAGGCUAUUCACAGACACACAACUGGUUCCCGCGGCCCAAGUUAAAGAAAGGGGUCGUCAUGCUACGAAUGAUUCACGGGAGGAAAUCCCUUUCUCUGGGCCCUUGAUUGUUUCGUCAUCCAGUGGCUUUGCAUGGGCGAAAAAACCGGAAGGUCGUUCUUUUACUAGAUCACGGAACAGAUCUAGUUCAAGAGGCGAAUUCACUGAUGUAGAUUGGGACAAUAAGCCACAAGCUAAAGAGAACAUUGGAUUGGAGGAACGCCAUAGCAGAGAUGCGCAUGUAGCACGUGUCAACUCCAAUGUCCGAGAGCCUCAGGAGGUAGCAAAGCGUGCAGUUCUGAAGAAGUGGUCACAGUUAGAGCGUCCAGAUUCAUUUGAUUCUCGUGACACUUACCACUCUCAGAAUUUUUCGAAUGCAAUAUAUCUUGGGGAUGCUCUCUCGUCGAAAAAUAGCAUGAAGGACGACCACUAUCAAGGAGGAGAAAGGGUUGAAUAUUCAGGACCUUUAUUGUCCCAAACCCACAAGGUUGAUGAACUGUUAGAGAAACAUGAGCGUCACAUUCGGCAAGUGGUCCGAAAAUCGUGGUUCAGGAGAGGAAUAAAGUGAGGGGAAAAGCAUGACCAUUUUUUCCAUUGGCGAAGCAGCACGCAAUGCACAUGUACAUAGCGAAGGUGGCGCGUUGUCUGAAUCAGGAGCUGGCAUGUUUUUAUCUUGGCUGCGUUUGUCCAUAACACGACAUCGUUGACUCGAAGACCACUGCUGAGAACAUUAUGAUUCCCGGGCUCACGGCGAAAUCAAGCAUAACUGCAUCCACCGGAGAAUAACUCUGGCGCGUACUUAGAAGACCGAAAACGGCUAUGCCAUUUCAAUUUUCUUCUUAUUUUCCACUGUUUUUGUGCUUAGGAAUAACAGCUGACGAAUGUGGCGAGAUUCGGGGUUUGCGUUGAGUUGAACCAGCCAGCCAUUUGUGUAGCUGAAUCAAUAACCACCACGCGAUGGUUAAGUGAUUCUUGUAUAGCUACUAGGUAGCCUUUGCAAAGGGUAACUAAAAACUGAAGCACCUCUCACUCACUUGGGACGAUGGAUAUUUCUGAUCUGAUUUAGCA